UCAGUGAGCCGCCAGCGGUCGCUCGGAGCUGUGAAGUAACAAAUUAAUUGUUAUUUUACUAAAUAAUGUGUUGUAGUGAUUUGUGAGUGAAAAUUACAUUAGUUGUAGGAAAUUAUGACCAGUGAAAAUAUGAAGGAACGUUGGGACCAGUUGGGCCUUCCACCAAUGGAGCUGGCCGAGUCAUCGGGAAAUAGUCGCGAUAACAAUGGAGGGAACAGAUGUUUAUUCCCUUCAUUACAAAAACUGCUAUUAUUGUUACUGCUAACAUUUUUCGCAGUAGGCACUUACAUCUUACUCUUAAGAAUAUCUGAAAACACUGACUCCACGAAAAUAAUAAUUGUCACUGGGAAUAAUGACCUUCCUAAUGUAACGCUUCGCAAUAUAGAAUUGUAUUCUAUUCAUAAGCAAGAGAAAAAUGACACUUCCGAACAAGAACUGACAUCAGAGCCUCCAAUUAUUUUAAGAAAGAAAAGAGAAAUCACCUCGGAUAAGCCUGCAGUUAACACGGAAGAACCUAUCGUUUACAGUGACGAACUGUUACAGAAAUCUAGGGACCUGAUGAUGGAAUACGAUGUUCAUUGCAGACAAGAAAAUAGAAAUUUGGUCUGCAAAGACUUGGUUACAAAAUUGAGAGCACUACAAAACGACGAUGAAACGAACAGUAAAGAAGAUCAACCUAAAAUCAAUUUGGAUGUCAACAAUAACGUGCAAAGAGUCGCCGCUGAAGGUAAAGCAAAGCAAAGUAUUGAUUUUAAUGACCUUACAAAACGGGAUACGUUGAUGAAUAUUGAACAUUUUAUGGACUCUGUCCCUAUGCCGAUGAAUGCUAGAAAUGCUGAUCCACUGACAAGUGCCCAUAUGGUGCCACAUUCUCAUUCAGUACCUCCUCAGCAUCUUAGUGAUACAUGUUUAUUGGCGCGUCUAAUAAAACAGAAUUAUCCGCGAGCGAAAGAAAUUUAUGAGCCCUCUCCUGACUACAUACACACACAACAUCACGAGCAUCCAGUCAUGACUAAAGCCAGAUUUUUCUCGCCCUCCGUGCACACGCCAUAUUUCCAAGAGCGGGAUAUGGACACGCAGAGGCGUAAAAUCCAUCCUCAAGAUGUUGAUAUAUUCAUGAGCAUGCUGGCGCCAAAAGUAGCAGCAACACCUAGGGAGAGUAAUCAAACAAAAGCAUCGCGGGAAGCGAUGUGCCCACGAGGCACUGUGUCCUGUCUAAGUGGAGACACUUGUAUCGAUGAGAAGCAGUGGUGUGACGGCAACGUCGACUGUCUUGAUGUCAGUGAUGAAGCAAGCUGUGCUUGCAAGGAGAGAGUCGACAAAUCUCGUCUCUGCGACGGAUACUUUGACUGUCCUUUUGGAGAAGACGAAAUGGGUUGCUAUGGUUGUAGUGAAACUAUGUUUAGCUGCGAAGACUUGGACAUCAGUGCUCAAAGCACUUGCUUCUCAAAAGAGCAGAGAUGCAAUAAUGUUGUAGACUGUCCAAACCACAAAGACGAACUGGAAUGCAACAUGUUAGCUCCGAGUCUACUUAAAAAACCAUUGUUUGCUAUUUCAAAUACGGAAGGAUUUCUGCAUAGAAAUUUCAAAGGUGACUGGUAUGCUGUAUGUAAGAACCCGUAUAUGUGGGCUCAUGAUGCAUGUCGUCGGGAGACCGGUGUCAUAAUUAGGCCUCCUUUCAUCAGCACCGUUCCAAUUGACCCUAUGGUGAAGAUCGACUAUCUGAAUACUGGUCCUGGAGGUCUAAUACAAACAAGUGACACAUGCAUGAACUCGUCUGCUGUUUACGUCACAUGUCCUGACUUAAUAUGUGGAACGCGAGUGCAGUCUACGUCACAACUGCUUAAACAGAGCAAUAUUAUGGAAAAUCGUUUGUUUGGAAGAAACAAAAGAUAUUUCCCAACAAGUCAUGCCUAUCCACCAAUGUUUUACGGUAACCGUUAUAAAAGAGAUGUGGACCAAGAUAGUACUAAGACAAAUUACGGAAUGGAAAUCAAUAGAUUGUCGGCAUUUGAUACAAUGAGGAACAAAAGAACAGAGAGCAGGGUAGUGGGUGGAAGACCUAGCCAGCCGGCAGCCUGGCCUUGGAUGGUGGCUGUAUACAGAAACGGCAUGUUCCAUUGCGGUGGAGUCGUCAUUAACCAUAGCUGGGUGAUAUCUGCUGCUCAUUGUGUCAGCAAAUUUUGGAAAUAUUAUUACGAAGUACAAGUUGGAAUGCUGCGUCGGUUUUCAUUCUCACCACAAGAACAAAGCCACAGAGUGACUCAUGUCAUUGUCAAUCAAUUUUAUAGCCAAACUGACAUGAAAAACGAUAUGUCUCUAUUGAGAGUCGAGCCUGCCAUUCAGUUUAGUCGAUGGGUGCGACCGAUUUGUUUACCAAGUCCCGAUACAGCCGGUCCUGAUUGGCUUUGGGGACCUGCACCUGGCACAAUCUGUACUGCUGUUGGUUGGGGAGCUACUACGGAAAAGGGACCCGAUCCCGAUCACAUGCGUGAAGUAGAAGUGCCUAUUUGGGAAAACUGUAAACACCGGGAAGAUCAAACUGGAAAAGAAAUAUGUGCUGGAUUCGUUGAAGGAGGAAAAGAUGCAUGCCAGGGUGAUAGUGGCGGCCCGCUUUUAUGCAGAAAUCCUUUGAAUUCACAACAAUGGUACAUGGCAGGCAUCGUGAGUCACGGAGACGGUUGCGGUCGUAAAGAUGAGCCCGGUGUUUAUACUCGCGUCAGCCUCUUCGUAAAAUGGAUUAAAUAUUAUAUAUCAUCCAAUACGUUACCUACUAUUCAACCAAUACAAGAAUGUCCAGGAUUCAAAUGUGAUACUGGAAUUUCAAAAUGUCUUCCAAAUAAAAGACGAUGUGACAAAAUAGUUGAUUGCCUAAAUGGAGAAGAUGAAACUAGAUGUGAUUACACAAAAGUUUCAUUUACUGAUAGCUUACUCAUGGAAACAAAAAAUUCACUAGAAGAUCUCCCGGAAAGAAAAGAAGCUGAAACAGAAGCCCCUUUGAUGUCUACCAGCUCUAAUCAAGAAAAUAUAAUGUCAACUAGGAUGCCAAUGGACAAAGAAACUACAAAACCUCAAAUUGAUAAUGAACAACCCCUAUCUUCAAUAGAAAAUAAUCUAGCAAUGUCUACUACUUGGAAUCAAGAAAAUAUUAUCUCAACUAGGAUGCCAUUCGAUAAUGAAACUCCAAAACCUCAACUUGAUAACGAACAGAGCCUCUCUUCAACAGAAAAUUCUUACUUAAAUAAUCAAGAAUGGGAAAGCAAAAAAGUUAUAAAGGACGAAGACAUUGCCAGUGAAGAAAACUCAAAUGAUCAACCGAAAACAGUUGAAGAAACACCAGAUUUUUCACAGACUAUGAUUGGAAACAAUGAUAGAAGCUCAGAGGGUGUUAACGAUAACGUAGUAACUGGGUCAUCACUAGAAAUGACCACUAUCAGUCGUGGAGAUACAGAAUUUGUAACCAUGGGCUUUGAUCCAGCAUCCCUCGAAUCAGGAUCAUCAAUAAAACACAUGACCACUGAUGAUUAUUUGAAUGUUGAAGAUAUUGUAACAAACAACGUUUUUGCUCAAAACACUGCUGGUGAGACAGAAACAUCUACUUCUGGUUUAACAGUGAAAGAUGCUAUGGACCAAGAAGAAGAAGCGACGUCGUUAAUGAGCAAGGAAAAUGUGAAAGAAAGCGUAAAUAGCCACAGUGAUAAUGAUACAGGUUUAAUUGUAAAACUUUUGCCAGAAUCGCAAACAUUAUCACCCGACCAAGAAGCAGAAUCAAAACUUAUUCACAAAGAACUUCAACAAAUCACUGCAAAUAUUAAUCAGGAAAAGAAGGGUUCCAAAUCACUCCCAGUUACAGAUAAUUUAGAUAACUUACAAGAUAUAGUGACAUCUGAACUGGAACCACCCAAAUCAAGGAGGAAACAUCGUAACCCUCCUACAUUUGAAUGCAGACGAAUUGAGCAAACAAUACCUUAUCAGCAGCGAUGUGACAGAAAAGCGGAUUGUGAGGAUGGCACUGAUGAAUUAGACUGCACAUGUACCGACUAUUUGAUAACCUUCGACGACAAGCUUAUAUGUGAUGGAAUAUCUGAUUGUGCUGAUGGGCAAGAUGAACAGGACUGUUUCAGCUGCCCAGAAGACCAUUUCUUGUGCAAGAAAAGCCAGGUUUGCCUACCAGAAAUACAUGUCUGUGAUGGAAAACGAGAAUGUCCUCUAGGUGAAGAUGAAAUGAAUUGCUACGCAUUAUCCAACGGUCAAGAAAUGGAAUUCGACUUAGAUGAAAGACCACUAGUAAACCUAGAGGGCUACCUAACAAAGAAACACUUCAACAAUGAGUGGCAUGUACUCUGUUAUGAUCAACUAUCUAAUGAGGAACAAGAACAAGCAGCUACGCACAUUUGUCGCUACUUAGGAUUUAGCGGUGCAAAUAGAUAUCCUGUGAAAUACAUAAAUAUCAACGAGAAUGAUGUAAUGGGAAUCGAAACACACAACAACAGGCAUCGAAGAGAUACGAAGGAGCGUGUUCCUGUCCAAUUUGCCUAUAGAAUGGAAGGUUCAGACAAUGAUACAAGCCGACAUACCAUCAUAAAAGGUCCCCAAGUACUUAAAGAAGAGUGUGUACCAAACGUAACAAAAACUUGCAAGGCUUUGUACGUUGCUUGUGAUAAUACUCUGUUUACCAACUUUGAUGAUGAAGAUGAUUCAGAAAACAGUGUGUUUAAACGAGAUUCAUCAGUCAGUAACCGUGAAUGGCCUUGGAUUGCGAAAGUCUUUGUUGAAGGAGACUACAGAUGUACUGGAGUUUUAGUAAAUCUGUCUUGGGUUUUAGUCAGUGAUUCUUGCCUUUGGGAUUCUACACUAACUCAUCACUUCAUAACAGUUGUACUAGGAUCGCAUAGAACUUUAGAAGGUUUGACCAGCAUGCACGAACAAGUUUAUCAAGUGGAUUACAAGAAGGAUAUUUAUCGCAAUAAAGCAAUGUUGUUGCACCUGAAAGAACCAGCUCAUUAUUCAAAUGUCGUAAAGCCUAUGAUUGUUACUUCUCCGUACACCCCAGAAGAGAAAUCAACUUGCGUAGCCGUUGGUCAAGACUACAAAAACAAUACAAUCAGCGUAUUUUUGGAAGAAACUAAUGAAAACUGUCACCCCAGUAAUCGUUGUUUCAAACGAAAAUCCACAGAAAAUAUUUGCCCAGUUGAGGUGAAAUCGACCCAACAUUGGGCUGGUAUCAUAAGUUGUCAUACUGACCAGGGAUGGUAUCCAGCUGCUACAUUCGUUGAUGGCCGAGGAGAAUGUGGAUUACAAGACCAUAUUAAUGCUACAGAUAUAAACCAUCUUAAACACGAAAUACAUAGACAUUAUGGUAAGAAGACAUUACCGUCUUUAAUCGAGAAGGAAUUUGGUGACGAUUGCGAAGGAAUGCGAUGUGGAAGAGGUCGGUGUGUGGGAUUACUUGAAGUUUGCAACGGUGUAAGAGAUUGUGAAGAUGGUAAUGAUGAAUCUGAACAAGCCUGCGAGAAAAAACAUACAAUGUGUGAUAACGACCCAUACCAUAGAGGAUGCGAAUGUUCAGUCGGCCAAAUGAAAUGCCACAAUGGCAAAUGUAUAUCGAAGGAACUAUUCCAAGACGGAAACGAUGAUUGUGGAGACGGUACUGAUGAGCCUGGACGCUCAGUAUGUUCAGUCUACUUGGCUAGAGUGAUGCCAUCGAAACUAUGUGAUGGAAUCCUCAACUGUCAUGACAGAAGCGAUGAAGAUCCUAUGUUCUGUAAAUGUUUCGCGAAGAAGAGUUAUAAGUGCGGUUCUAAGUUAGGCGUUGAUCACUGCGUAGCUCCUGACAUGGUGUGUGAUGGUGUUCGUGAUUGCCCUAAUGGAGAAGAUGAGCAAGUCUGCAUGGGUCUCAACGCUCCACAAGGAACACCAUACGGAACCGGUCAAGUGACAGUACGGCGUCAUGGCGUCUGGCACUCCAAGUGCUACUCCUCACCGAACCACACGAAAAACGAGUUAGAAGCAAUCUGCUCCGAAUUAGGUUUCAAGAGCGGACAUGCGAAGCAAAUCAAAGAAAUCGAAAAUUUCGUAGUUCAUCCGUAUAAUAACUUAGUGGUCGACCCUUUCAAUGAAAUUACGCUCAAUAAUAACACAGUGAUAAAAAUGAGAAAUUCACACGAACCGAUAGCUAAGGCCGUGUUCGAUGAGAAUCUGAAGGAAUGUUACCCAGUCUUUAUAGAAUGUCGUUAGGAUAUCCUAUAGUUAUUUAUUUUAUUUAUUGAUGUUUAGACUUAAAGUUCGAUUUCAGUUUUUUUCUUAAUGUUUUAUAUGGAAUAAAUGUAUUUUUUUAUGUUCUUUAAA